AUGAGCUCGGCGAACACUAUAGUAGUCGAUGAGAUCGACACGGACGCAGACAAGGAUAACCGGGGUAAUGACAAGACCGCAGAUACGAAAGACGCAAAGGAGCCUCAUCAAGUGGAGAGCGAGAUGGAGGCUAAGCAGCUAGGCAUGGGAUACUUCAAGGGUUCGCACGAACGGCUGGACAAAGAAGUGGAGAAGGCGGAGCGGGAUAAAUUUCUAGUUGAGAUGGAUGAGCGAGAUGACCCGAAGAACUUGAGCGUCGGCUACAAGUGGUAUCUAACAAUCCUCUCCGGAUGCCAGAUCCUUAAUGCGACAUUUGCUAGUUCGGUUUUAUCUAGUGCGUACUCGCUCAUUGAAGAGGAGUACGGUAAGUCACAGGAAGUGGUUAUCCUCACAGUAUCUCUUUUCCUCGUCGGAUACAUAGUGGGGCCGUUCUUUUGGUCGCCGUUGAAUGAGCUCGUCGGCCGGAAGGUCACCUUCAUGUCUUCGCUUUUUCUGUUCGUCAUAUUCACUAUACCCUGCGCACUCGCACCGAACAUGGCGUGUCUCCUCGUGUGCCGCUUCCUGGCUGGUUGCUGCGCUGCUGCGAGCAUGGUGACAUCUGGUGGAGUGCUCGCUGACCUAUGGGAUCCGGUCCGGCGUGGUCGUCCUAUGGCGCUGUACAGUCUCUGCCCAUUCGCUGGCCCUGUAGCGGGUCCAAUAGCGUCGGGAUUCAUCGUCGACUAUGCUAGCGAUUACAAGUGGGUAUACUGGGCGCAGAUGAUCUUCGGCGGCGUGUGUUUCCUCGGCGUAGGUCUCACCUAUCCCGAGACAAUGGCGCAGGUGAUUUUGAAGAAGAAGGCAGUGAAGCUGCGGAAGAGUACGCAUGAUAAUCGUUAUCAUACCUUCAGCGAGCUCAAUUCGCCGCCUUUCAAGGAACAGCUGUCGAUUGCAUUCAACCGGCCGUUCAAAAUGCUCAGCCAGGAGCUCAUCAUGAUUAUGACAUCUCUUUACAUUGGUGUGGUUUACGGUGUGCUUUAUCUCUCGUUCGAAAUGUUUCCGUACGUUUUUAAAGGAAGCUACGGCUUCACAACGUGGAAGACUGGUCUCACGUUCUGCUCUGUCGCGAUCGGGCUGUUUAUCUCGUACAUCACCAACUUGAUCUUUGACAUGCGGUAUAUGCGAAUAGCAAAGCAGACGAUGAAGGAGACGGGUGAGCGACCAGCGCCCGAGAUACGUUUUUUGCCUGCUAUUCUUGUUGGUGGGCCCUGUUUCUCGAUUGGGCUGUUCUGGUUCGCGUGGACGGCCGGACGGACCCAUUGGUUAGCCCCUUGCGCGGCAGGCGUGCCGAUUGGAGCGGGUGUCGUGCUCUGCUUCAUCUCGCUCCUGUCGUACAUUUCAGACGCAUAUACUUUGUACGCGGCAAGUGCGCUGGCUGCAAACACCGUCGUGAGGUCUGUGUUCGGUAGUGUUUUCCCCCUCUUCGCAAUCAAGAUGUUUGAUCGCCUGUCGAUCAGCUGGAGUGGGACACUGCUCGCGUGUAUCGGGGUGCUAAUGAUGCCGUUUCCAAUUAUUUUCUACAGAUAUGGACUGUCAAUCAGGAAACGGUCGAAUUAUGCUCGCAGUUAG